GGAAUCCUAACUCCAUAAUCACUUUUUCUUUUUCAAAAUGAAUUAUUAUGUAAAAUUGGGCCUUAAUGUGAGAGGAGAAAUCUGAUUCGGCCAUAAACCGAAACACACGACGUGAGUCCCGAAUUCAUCGUCACAUCUGUGAGGACAGGAGAGGCUGAAGGAAAGCCUCAUUUUCUGUCAAACUCUCAAAGAAACCUAUUCACAAAGAAAGCAGUCCUUGUGCAUCUCUUACCCUCUCCUCUCGACAUUCCGAGAACAGACAAAGAAGAACCUCAGCAACCUGGAAAGAGAUCUAAAAUGGGAUGAUUAUUGAGGAACUGAUCAAAAUGACAUUUUUGCAAGAGAUGAGCUUUUGAGUUUUCAUUCAUAUGUCCACAAUGCCAAGCAAGCUUAAGAAGGCAAUUGCUGCGGUUAAAGAUCAAACCAGCAUUAGCCUUGCCAAGGUCUCCAGCAACGCUUCUUCGAAUCUUGAGGUUGCGGUCCUGAAAGCCACAACCCAUGAGGCUGUCCCCAUUGAUGAUAAAUAUGUAUGCGAAAUCCUGCAGCUCGUCUCCUCUAACAAAAUCCACGCUGCGACCUGUGCUCGUGUCAUAGGCAAACGAAUAGGCCGGACGCGCAAUUGGGUUGUCGCCUUAAAGUCAUUGAUGCUUGUUCUCCGUAUCUUUCAAGAUGGCGAUCCUUAUUUCCCCCGAGAAGUCCUCCAUGCGAUGAAACGGGGUGCCAAGAUUCUGAAUUUGUCAAGCUUUCGUGAUCACUCAAACUCGAGUCCUUGGGAUUUCACAUCUUUUGUCCGCACCUUUGCUCUUUAUCUUGAUGAACGCUUAGAGUGCUUCCUAACGGGGAAGCUGCAGCGUAGAUACACAUAUGAAGGUUCGACCUCGACCUACACCAGAAGCAAGAGCCGUGGUGCUCGCAAUCCUAAUGAGCCUGUUCGGGACAUGAAACCAGCAAUGUUGCUUGACAAGAUGUCGUAUUGGCAACGAUUACUUGAACGAGCCAUUGCCACAAGGCCAACGGGUGCAGCCAAGACAAACAACUUGGUACUCAUAUCUCUGUAUGCCAUAGUACAGGAAAGUUUCGAUCUCUACAAAGACAUUUCUGAUGGUCUUGCCCUUGUUCUAGAUAGUUUCUUUCAUUUACAAUAUCAGAAUUGUGUCACCGCCUUUCAAACCUGUGUUAAGGCUGUAAAGCAGUUCGAAGAGCUAAGUGCUUUCUAUUCUUUGUGUAAAAGCAUAGGGGUUGGCAGGAGCUCUGAGUAUCCAAGCGUGCAGGUAAUAUCAGAAGAGUUGAUUGAGACAUUGCAAGAAUUCUUGAAAGAUCAAUCUUCAUUUCCGUGCAUUACCAAGCCGACAAAUCGUCUGGCAAUUCUCUCUAUUCCAUCCCCGAAUGAUGGGACGAAUUCUAGCCAGCAUAGCUAUGGCGGACAAUCGGACUUCUCACCUACAACUGAUGGAUUUUCGGACAUGACUUCCGAGUUUGGGUCACAAAGCACCUCAUUGGAAGACCUCAUAACUGCCACAGAGACAUGGACAGGCCCUGCUAUUUCAAUUGAUCUUGAGACUUACUCAGCAUCUGAACGAGAUGACGGGUUUGAGCUACAAGACACGGGCUCAAGCCGCUCGUUGCCCGUGUCGGCAUCCAUCGCUGAUCUCAUUUCAUUAGAUGAUUGGGCUGGGGACGAGAAAGAAGAGCAAGAUCAUCAACAAGAUCAACAAGAACAGAAGCAAAAGGCAUCCUUGGAUCAAUCGGAAUCCAAGAAUUGGGAGCUUAUGCUGGCCGAAACCAUAUCAUCACCAUCAUUAUCCUUACGACAACCUUUCUCAGACAAUAACACAAACACCUUCAAUGCAUUUCAAGAGCAGUCACCGGCAAUUGACGGAAAUCCCACCACCCCAACUACCCCAACAAAUGGCUGGGACCUCGUGUUGUUCGAGACUGCUGCGCCGGCCGAGACAAACACCUUCAAUGCAUUUCAAAAGAAGCCACCAUCCACGGACAAAAGUCCUACCACCCCAACUACCCCAACAAAUGGCUGGGACCUCGUGUUAUUCGACGCUGCGCCGGCGGAGACAAACACCUUUAAUGCAUUUCAAAAGCAGCCACUAGCCGUGGACGAAACUCCUUCCACCACCCCAACUACCCCAACAAAUGGCUGGGACCUCGUGUUAUUCGAAGCUGCGGCGGCGGAGACAAACACCUUCAGUACAUUUCAAGAGCAGCCACCAGCCACGCACGAAAAUCCUUCCACCACCCCAACUACCCAGACAAAUGGCUGGGACCUCGUAUUAUUCGAGGUUGCGGCGUCUCCGCCGCCGCAGCCAAUACCAACUCUACAACUACCACCACCAGAAAAUCAUUACAACCCGUUUCUACUAGAGCCAAUGGCAUUACCUGAAGCACCAUACGAGCAAUCCGCUAUGUUUUCACCUACAUUUCACGCCACUCCUACAUUCAUCGCACAGACCCCGAACCAGACACCAUUCGCGCUGCAAAUUGAGAACGACCCUUUUGGUCCUGCCGCUGAAAUUUCAGGAGAACAGAUGUUGAGUAGUGGAACGGAUCAGCAGAACUUGCUGAACGAACAACAGCUGUGGUUGCAAAACCAAAACAAGAUUAUAGCUAAACAUUUGGCUUAGGUUAUGGUACUACAGAUGCAUGUAAAUCCUUGUAAAUUUUGAAUAUACUCUAUAAUAAUUUGUUGGUGUAGUGACUGCUACUUCCCAUGUUCAGUGUGAAACUUGUUCUUGAGGAAUUAAUUCACGCUUUCCAAUUGGUUUGAAAACAGAGUUUUCCUUUCAUUUUCCUUUUCUUGAGGG